AUGUCCCACGACGAACAGUCUGAAAAGCCGGAGCCGAGUAGCGAUGGCCGGCCCGAAACCCCGGACCUGGCACCGACGACGUCGAAUGCGGAGAAGAAUGUCAGCAUUGUGCCGGCUGUCGACGACGACGAUGCGGGUCUAAGCCGGCAAGACACCGAAGCCAUCUACAACAGGUUCACACCGGCCAAAAAGAAGCUCGUAACGGCCGUCGUGGCUUGCGGUGGGGUGGCUUCGACGGUGUCUUCCCUGCUGCUUUUGGCAGCCAUACCAGAGAUUGCAGCCGAUCUCAACACGUCAGGGACGAUCAUUAACAUCAGCAAUGCCAUGUACACUCUAUUCAUGGGCAUCUGCACUCUCUUCUGGGGUCCGAUUAGUCAAGUUUACGGCCGGAAAUGGCCUUGCAUCAUCUCAGCAUCUACCUUUUUUGCCUUUAAUGUAGGGACUGCUUUAUCGCCCAAUCUCGCAGCCUUCUUCAUCUUUAGGAUGCUGUCAGCCUUUACUGGAACAGCAUAUCUUGUGCUCGGCUCUAGCUCCAUCAGCGAUAUCUAUAAGCCGACGGAGCGAGGCACCGCCCUCGCGUGGUUCCUCAAUGGUACUCUCAUCGGCCAGAGCUUUGGCCCAUUCAUCGGUGGUGUCAUGGUCAAUUUCCACAGCUGGAGAUCGUUGUUUUGGUUUCAGUCAGCCCUGGCCGGGCUCACGACUAUUCUUGCGGUGUUGUUUCUCCCAGAGACCAGCCACCGCAGGCGCGCAGACGAGUUGAAGGGCCUUAGUACCAAAGCAAAGAUUGCUCAGGUCUGGGACUGGGCCAAUCCCUUUCGUGUACUGGCUCUCUUACUUAUACCCAAAUUAUUUGUGGCUGCAAUGGCUGCUUCAGCUUUGGUGUGGAACAUGCAAGCCUUGCUGACCCCUAUCCGAUACGUCAUUAACCCCAGAUUUCACCUGACGUCGCCGCUUGAAUCAGGUCUCUUCUUUCUAGCCCCAGGAUGUGGCUUCUUCUUUGGCACAUAUGCCGGAGGUCGCUGGGCAGAUCGGACCGUCAAACGCUGGAUCAAGAUUCGGGGUCGACGCGUUCCCGAAGACCGUCUCAGAAGCUCAUUCGUGGCAAUGGGUGCCGUGAUACCUACCUGUAUCAUCAUUUACGGCUGGUCUAUUGAGAAGGCAAAGGGCGGUAUCCCACUCCCGGUGAUUUGCAUGUUUUUUCAGGGCUUCGCCCAGGUUAUCGCGUUUCCGAGCAUCAACACAUACUGCUUGGACGUGUUCAAAGGCAGGAGCGCCGAAGUCAUAGCUGGAAAUUACUUCUUUCGAUACGCGAUUGCGGCGGUCGGUACUGCUUCGUGUUUGCCUGCGAUCCAGGGCAUCGGUGUAGGCUGGUUCAGCACAAUAACCGCCCUGUUCGUGUUUUUCGCCGCUGUUGCCGUAUACUGUGUCGUUGUUAUUGCGUCUAGACAAGAUGCUAAAGAAAAUGAAGCGGUCUAG